CCUGACGCAGCCCAGUGUUCCGCCCUUUUUUGCUGCCCCACUUCCGCCAUUGCCUGCGCAGCGGUUUAUCCCUCCUCCUGCCGCUGGGUGGCCGCGGUGCCUGACGGGAAGGCGGAUCCUGUAGGAAGGGGCCGUGUAUGUGUGUACAGCUCGCUUCCCUGAGCCCGGUGAUACCUGGGAGGGGGCUGUCAGAACACCUGGAGCAGUGCGGGGGGAUCCGGAGCUCGCCAUGAGUGGCUCCCCUGGGCUGUGCGGCCCGGGGCUAGGCAGCAAGGUGUAAACUUGCUUCUCUAACCAAGAAGUAUCAUCAUGGAGCCCGAAGUCAUCCGAAUGUAUUCUUCAUCUCCACCUCCUCUUGACAGUGUUGCAGACGAUGAUGAAGACGAUGAAUUUGGAGAGUUUGGGGGCUUCUCCGGAGUCGGUAAUUCUGGAAUGGGAUUUUCAGAUUUUGAUGCAGUUAAUUAUGCUAAAUCUCACGAAGACUUUAUCCCAUCAAAACACUUUAUGCCAAUUCAUGAUUACUCAGAUAAUGUAAAUAACUACAGUAGCCUUACCUCUGUCCCAGACAAACAAAUCGUGUCUGAGAUUACUUCCAAGAAGGGACCUUGCAGAGUGUUAGAAACUAACAACAGCGACGAAUUAUCACCAUACAUUGCUGCUCUGGAGAAGAAAGGGAGCUUAGUAGAGAAUUUGAAAAGGGCAGAUUUCAAUGUGGACUCAGAAAACAGCAUUUCAGGUGUUGGAAGUACCGAAUUAAAUAGCGAGGAGGUGCCGAUAGCUGGUACUUGUAAUGGAGAGAAGGCACGCUGUCCAGAGAAUCUUACAAAUGGGUUUGCAGUAGUAGAUUCUGUUGACCCUCAGGGAAAAGAAGACCUGGACAGCAUUCAUGGUUCAAAGGGAUUGAAGUCUUUCGCUACUCUGAGUACAGAUCUAGACUUAGAAUUUACACCGAGUCCUGAGGAUGAGUUUGCAGACUUUUCCUUAUUUUCAAAAAAUGACUCUGUACAUCUAGAGCAUUCGUACCUGAAAGCACACAGAGGUUCACAUGAAGGAGAGACUGCAGAUAUCAAGGAAACCACUACAUUGAGCAGUAAUGAAAGUGAUUCGAUAAAGAAAGUACUUCCAGAUCUGGUCUCUGGAAAUGGGGACGAAGUAGGUGAUCUGGAUUGCACCAAUUGCAUUUCUGAAGGCGUUACAAUGUCAGAUGACAUUGUUGAACCCCAUGUAGCAUCUACCAGUGCCGUGAUGCAGCUAAAGGAUACAGAAAGUGUUUCUGGAAAAAUUAGAGAGCUUGUACAAAAUAAAGAAGAGGAUUUCCCAGAAACCGAUGAAGUUAGUUAUGUCACACAAGACCAGUCGUUGGACAUGGUCGAAACUAAUCAAAACUCAAUACCAAAUUUAAAUAGUGAUGAUAAUUACAAUAGUGAUGAUUUGUCCAGUGUUUUAAAAGACAACAUUUUAAGUGAGAAUGAAAAUGGCAGUCAUCCUGUUAGUGAAAAUGUGUUUUGGAACUCUGAAGCCCCUAUUAGGAAUCAACCACUUUCUUCAACAGACCAUAGCAAAGUAGAACUGGAUGCAAAUGUAAACAAACUUAAUGAUGACUUUUGUGAAUUUGAGGAAAUAAACACCGUCCCUUUUGAAGUGGAGCUAAAAGUAACACCAGAUGAAACAUCAGCACUUCAGGAUUCUGGUGAAAAACAUUCUGGAUUUGAGUCUCACAAUGAUUUAGAAUCGUUUGAUGAUUUUGGAGACUUUAAUUCCACAGCAAAAACUGGAGACCAGAGUAGUUUUCAAGAAUCUGAUGAUUUUGCGGACUUCAGUGCGGCUGGUAAGACUGACCAGUCUUCAGAUUGGAAGGCUUUUGAUGAUGACCACAUAGAAAGUUCAGCAUGGAAUGCUUUUGAUCAGGAGACUGACAACUCUGCCACAGACUCAGAGUCUUGGCAGACACAUAGGACAAACGUGCCUUCUAGUGACCAAGCCAUAAACAUGCAAAGCGAUGUGACACCAGUAUUUCAUGAACCAGAACCUAAUUUUCUCACUAAUGGGUCAACAAGUGGAUCUCAGCAAUCAUUACUGAGCCGUCUUGAACGAAUCAUUCAAGUCUGUUUUCCUCCUCCACCUGUAUCUGAAACAGAAGAAAGUAUACCAUCCUUAGAUGACCUCUUAACAGUCACACUCGAGAAAACCACAAAGUCCAUGGCUGGCACCAGAGAAGUGCUGGACAUAUGGCCAGAGCUCCAGGAUAUCCAUGAUGUCUAUGCACUGAAGCACCAAUGGGGAGGUUCGCAAAGCAACAAAAAACUCCUUUGUUCCUUGGGAAUCGACACGAGGAAUAUACUUUUUACAGGCAACAAGAAACAACCGGUAAUUGUGCCUAUGUAUGCAGCUGGUCUGGGAAUGCUGGAGCCAACCAAGGAGCCUCUAAAGCCUUUAUCUGCUGCAGAAAAAAUUGCAUCAAUUGGACAAUCUUCACCUGUCCAUCCAGCUGAGGGCAUUUGUGCUUCUGACCAGUUACAGGAAUCGCUCCCUCCUGUCCAGUUCGACUGGAGCAGCAGUGGCCUUACCAACCCAUUAGAUGCUAAUGGAGGUUCCACUCUUCUGAACCUUGAUUUCUUUGGGCCCGUGGAUGAAAGUGGCUCUAGCACCACCACAUUCCCAGGUGUGGAUCCAGAGUUAUACGCAUUGACAACAUCGAAAGUGGAUUCCUCUGCAGCUGGCAGCAGGGUAACCGACGCGUUUGCAAGACUCAUGUCUACGGCAGAGACCACAAGCACAUCGACAAGGAAACCUAAAAGGGAGGAGAACUUAAGCGAAGAGGCUGCCAAUGUCAUCUCCAGCCUCCCUGAUCUAUCUUUCAUGCACGCCAAGGUGCUGAUGUUUCCAGCCACUUUAACACCUUCAUCAAAUUCCCAAGAGACGGUAGACUGAUUCAAAAAGAAGAAAGGAGAAACAAACUGAGAUAAACCCAAACAUGUUGGAUGUUUUAUAUCCAAACUUUUUAAGAGUAUAAAAAAAAAAGUGUUCUUGCUUUUACAUAAAAUCUAAAGUUCAAAUGAUUUGUUGGUAAGCAGCACUAAAAAGGUAUAUACAUUGUAAUGUAUAUUUCAACACUGAAUAAUUCAUUUAUAUGAGAAAUCUAGUUGAUUUGUAUAUACAGGAAAAGGGUAUUUUGUUUUUUAUGUUUUAUUUUUUUUGACAUGCUGGGGUACAUACACUGGUGGAUCCUUUCUUACAAAAAAAAUCAACGACUAAAUGUGAACAUGCAAAACCUUCACUGCCUGUAAGUCUGUUCCGAUUACAUUUUCCUUCCAGGUGUAUUGGCGUUAAUUGUACUGUUACAUUUAAAUGUUCAGUGUUUAUUUUGUGUUUUCAUUAUGACCUGAAAAGUCACAGAUUAAAUCCUUUCUCUGCCAGUGGAGCAUUAUUGCCCCCCUAACGAGAGUGAAAAGGUCAGGAUAUUUUCCUAACAGAUCAUUUUAGUGGGUUCUUUGCUGUGUUUUAUGAUUAAAAUCAACAACUUUCAGACUGUCUCUCCUGUUCCAAUCUGUUUCUGUGUGUUGCAAAUGACAUUAAUCUUAGAAGUACAGGUGAUUGAGGGCUUGAUUUUGGGUUAAGAAGGACCAAAAUAAUCUGAAUGUCUUUAUAAAACAUUGAUUACUGUUCUGAUUUAGUUUGUAUUAUUUGUGUCUAUUGUACCGCUAUCCCCCUGAUUUGCACAGUGUGAAGAGGCGUAAUCAUAGGUCACUAUGGUUUAGGCUGUACAUACAUUGAAGACUCUGGGAUGUAAACGUUUGGGGAAAUUCCUAUGGAACAUGAAUUAAAAUCUGAUCUGUAACAGCAAGAUCCACGUGCAUGCCCAAGUUCUUUUGAAAUGUAAGCGUGUACAUUUUCUCUUAGCUUACACUGAAAUAAAAUAAUUUAAAUUA